AUGAUAUUAACAUCAUUGGGAGUAUCAGACGUUAUAGGAAUAAUUAUAUUCUUUUACGUCGCAAAAUUUUAUUACGAGUAUUUUACACGUCCGAACCCUUUACCUGGGUCUAUCCCACUACCUAUAAUUGGAAAUUUAUUAGGAAUAAUUUAUUAUGGUAGAGGGGAUUUUACAGUAUGGUACAAGAUACUACAUCAAAGACAUGGUGAUAUUUUCGAAUCAUAUAUGGGUGGUUUUCGAAGGGUAAUAAUAUCUCGACCGGAUUACAUCGAGAAGAUGAUGUCACCUUCCACAAAGAACGAUUACACGUUAAGAGUGGGAAAUAUUCCCGCAUUUGAUGAAUUAGGAAUUUCAAAAUCAGGGAUGACUUUAAAUUCACACAUUCCUACUUGGAAAUUUAAUCGAGGAUUCUUUACCAAGGUCAUCCUCGCUCCGAAUUUCUCCAAAGGGAUUGUAAAUUUGAUUCCAACAAUCUACGAUGAAUUAGAUAAAUAUUGGAAGGAAAUUGGUGAGGAUGUACCAAUUGACUUUUCAAUUUGGAUGCAUAAAUUCAUGACUGAGAUCGUCUUCCAAGCUUUCGUUGGUUUAAGAGUUAACGGAUUGAAACCAUACUUUAAUAGUAUUGUCGAAUCAUCAAAGAAAAAACCCACUGAAACAAAUCCCAUUGAUAAAGAAAUUGAAGAUUUUCCUGACAUUACUAAAGAAGGUUUAGAUAAUAUAGGCUUUUUUCUCACAAUUCCUUCAUUAGUCAGACAUACCAUCUUAAGAAAGAAGAACAUUGCGGCGCUAAAGAAUAGAAAGCAGACUUUUGAUAUUUUAACCAAGGUUAUUGAAACUCGACGAAAAGAAAUUAAGGAAACUUCGAUUGAUGAUAAAUUAAGACAGGACAUGUUAACAUUAUUGAUCACAAUGAAUACUGAACGGGAGCUUAUCGAUCAAAAAAGUGUUGACGAAGAACAUUCUAAACCUUUAAAUAAUGAUCAAAUUCAUCAAAUUAUACUUGAGGCAAUUUCUGGUGGAAUUGAAACAUCCGCAAGUACAUUAUGUACCAUGGUGUAUUAUUUAGCUCAUUACCCUGAUGUAUUGACUCGUUUGCGACAAGAACUUGAUACAAUCUUUGGUUUCGAGAAAGAUCGACAAAUCACGGUGGAAGAUCUUUCGAAAAUGCAUUACACGGAAGCUGUAUUCAAUGAAUGUACUCGUCUUGUAAAUCCUUCAAAGACACUCCCUCGUGUCUCUACUACAAAAGAUAUUAUAGCCGGUUAUGAAUGGCCUGCAAAUACGUUAUUCGAAAUAUAUUCUGACGGGAUUCACAGGAAUCCUGCUUUUUGGAAAGACCCUCAUAAAUUUAAUCCUGAUCGAUUUAUGGAAACCGAACCAUUAAGGAAUACAUAUUUGCCGUUUGGAGGUGGAGCGCGAAGUUGCCCGGGAAGAAAGAUCGCUAUAUUAGAAAUGAAAUGUUUAAUAUUUUUGAUCUAUAGAAAUUUUGAUAUCACAUUAGUAGAUAUGGAUGCCCCCAUGAAUUUAGAAUAUAAGUUUAUAAAUAUGUGUACGGAAUUAAAGGUUAAAGUUAGGCCAAGAUUUCCUCAAUAA